AUGGUCGGAACAUGGCUCUUGCACACUAUUCGAUCCAAGCUGUCGCGGCCCUCCGAAGGGUUGGUGUCCAACUACAACCUUACUAUCUUUCUUUUAGCGGCGGAAAUCCGACCAUUCUCCCAUCUUUUAAAGAUGGUGCAAGCAAGAACGCUUCAUCUCCAGCGCGUCGUCGCUUUGUCAACGGAGGACGACGACAAGGUUGAUAUAAGCAAGAUCAUCGACCUCAGCAAACGCCUCGAAGAGCUGGAAGCCCACGUUUCGGAGGCUGCGGCGGAGCGUCUUGCAUCCGAGUCUUCAUCUCAAGGACAGGACAAUACCUCAUCCGUCAUUUCUCAGGCAACUACGGAAGUCCGAAAAGGGUUCCAACCAGAGAUCGAUGCUCUGACUCGGGCGGUUCGACGAUACGAAAAGCGCACAGCAACUACCAAUUUCCAGACGGAAUCUCGACUUCAGGCAUUGGAGAAUCAGAUCAACCAAGCCAUCUCUCUCGCCGCUGCAGCCCAUCGUACGGACCGUCAACGUCGUAGCGGCGUGAUUCCCACAUUAUUUGACUGGAUAUAUGCGGCCGCUUUGCUCCCUAUUCAGAUCUUCGUGUCUCUGACAUCCUUGCCUUGGCAAGGAGCGAGGUGGUGCUUGCAAGCUUGCAAAGGUCUCCUGAAUUCGCGGCAUUUCGAACAGCCUAUGAAGGGGAAAAUGCCGCAUGAUCGAAAAUCACGGUCGCCUAGACAUACCAGACGAUAUAUUCCGCAAGAUCCCACAGGACCCAAAGGACUCAAAUCUAUUCGCGAAAAUAGUUUCUAA